AAUAAAUCCCUUGCACUGUCCGGCCUCCGUAGGUUCUGGACAGAAUUUCCUAGUUUACAGAACAGUUGAGUAGGCUACAUACUUUUAGGCCUAGUGCGGAAUUCCCCUGGCUGCGAACAGCAUUGUUGAAAAUUAUGAAGCUGACUGAAAAUACCAACUGAGAGGUACGGCAUUUCGUGUUGUGCAUCGAGGACACUCUGGAGAAAUCUUACCAACCAUUCCUGACACAAAACUACUGGACAUCACAAUGGUGAGGAUUCUGGCAAAUGGUGACAUCGUCCAAGAUGAUGACCCUCGAGUACGGCAGUCUCCUCAUGCUCCAAAUAGAUCAGGCCCUCGUAUGGGUUUCAUCCAGCACAACGCAGAUCCUCACCAGUAUGGCCACGAUGGUCAAGGGGCCGCAGGAUACCAGGGGCACGGCAUCUCCAUUUUUGAUACACUCAACCAACGGCUACUGAAUUUGGGCAUUCCAUGCUUCAACCUUGGACCAUAUGCCAUCCAGCCCAUCGUCACGGUGGGAUUCCUCCUGGCUAUGCUUCUAUUUGGACUACCUGGCUUACUGUUCGCUGGAAUCCUGUUUGCUGUCGUGAAGCUCAGCGGUGGGGCUGGGGGCGGUGGUAGUGGCAGUGGUGAAAAUGGUGGCGCUUGGGGUGGUGCAGGCCGUAGCACAGGAAGUGGGGAUGGACAACGGAGGAAUAGAGCUGGAAGGGUGAUCCGACACAGAUGAUCUGAUCAGCGCUGUCAGCGUUCAAAUCAUUCCUUCACUGAACACACUGCUUUUUGUGGCAGUUAGUACAUGUAUUACUCUUUCAGUUGUGCCUGGGAAGAUGUACAUGUACCAGCUACUGUAGCCCAGAUAGGACACAUCUGACAUUUUAACUGAAGCAAUGCAGUAAGGGAGUCCGCCUGCUGGGCUGCAUCAAAUAUUGAGCAUCUGUUUGUCCAUACAUAUACAUGUAGGUCACUGCAUGUACAUGCACUACAUUGUCACAGAUGACAAUAGACAUGUGUUGAGCAGUGAUGGUGCCCUCUAGUGGGGAAAGUUAACAAGAGACUGCAGAAAAGGUACAUGUGUGAUACUAUAGCACCGUGUCUGUUACAUUAACAUGGAAUGAAUAGACAUGUACAUGUACUUUACACUUCUUUACAUCAUCCAUGUAAACAAAUUUAACUGCCUGUGAUAUCCAUGGUGAUUACCAACUCUUUUAACAUUACAUUAACAUGGAAUAGCAUUUUACCAUCCUGGCUGCCCAGAGAGUUUGAGAAAAUAUAUUUAGUUUUAUUUAAUUUUAAUCAGUUUAUUUUCAAUUUAAAUCUCAAUGUAAUAAGUGAGUGGAGGGAUCUACAUAUAUAUAGUUAGUUCAAAUCAGUAUUGUCUGUCCUUUUUGUAUAGAUUUACCUAGUUUUUCUAAUUUUGUUUGAAUCCAGAUUUUGGUCAAUCUUACAGGGAAAGUUUAGUUCUUUCAAUGCAAUCAGUUCUGUACUUAUCUCUAGUAAGAGCAUUUUCACAAAGCAGAAAAUGAGUAAACUGGUUUUUAUACAUCCCAGAAAACUUUGUUGAAAAAGAUCACUCUAGAAACUGUCUUCAUGCAUCUUUAAAUUUUAAGGAUAAUCCUAUGAGGAUAAUCCCAUGAAAUGCGAGACUUUUGUCUCAUCUCAGUGCAAAUUAGAGUGAAGAGUUGAAAGGUGGUUUCCAGACAGGCUAUGAAACAGUAAUGUUGAGCCAGUGGACAUGUAUUUCAGCAAGGAAUGUAGAUAAGGGUGGAUCCAGAACCAUUUCUUUUUGGAGGGGGCAGGGGCAAAAUCAUUUCGGGGUGGCCAAAAAAUUUGGAGAUGUUUGUUUUCAUUUGAUCAUGGCAGUAGGAUUAACCUGUCAAGGCCUUUCUGAGGGUCGAGGCUCGUUUGGGUGCUUUUUAGAUGCUUUACACAAGAAAGGAAAUGAAGACGACCAAAACAAAAAUUGCCUUGGUGUUUCCUUUCACUCUGUCUUUUUGCCACAUCAUUGCACUUGUGUGUUAAUACCUUGUCCCGUUUUUUUCCCGUCAUGGUUGUACAGUAAACAUGUCAGACAAGCCUGUACUUGUACAUAUGCCCACUAAACUUCUAGCAUUCACUGGGGCCAUUUUGCAAAGUGUGUCCCACUGAACUUCUAAGCAUUCACUUGGGCCAUUUUGCAAAGUGUGUCCCACUGAACUUCUAGCAUUCACUGGGGCCAUUUUGCAAAGUGUGUGGAACUUUUGGUUACUUUAUUGAGUCUCCUAGAAUUUUCAUUAUGCAAAACUUCAAUUUGAACCAAACUACUGGAACAAAGCAAGACUUGCAUGUACCUAAAUAGGGGUGGAACAAGUUGCUUGUUGUUGUGACUCAAUUGAGUCGAGUCAUUGGAACAGUGACUCAUUGUACAUGUACCACAGUGACUGAAGUCGAGUCAUUAGGCAGAAAGUCAAGUAUUUAGUUUUGAGUCAAUUUGAAUCAUCACAAAUACACAAUAAGAUGAAUACAAACAAGAGAAAAGUUCAUUUUUUUGGUAGUUAACAUUCCUUUAAGGUUUCUUUAUGUGAUCACACCACCUUACUCACGUGGAAAUUAUCAACCAGUGCUGUAAGCCAUUACAAA